UUCACAGAUAAAAUAAAGAAGCAGAAGGCACAAGCUGUUUCCUCCGUUUGUUGAUGGUUACUGCUUUCUUCCGCUCUGCAUACCGGAAGAAGAAGAAGAAGAACGAGUCGAAGAAGAGGGGAAAUUCGAGCCGGGAUCUCAGCAGCUUAGGCUUUACCAUCGGUUUACCUUACAUCGCUUUUUUCAUGCUAUUUCUCUCAUCCGACAACCGCAUUGUAGGUUCUAAGAAAUGGAUCUUAUUCGCGGAAGCUAGCACCGCCGGCGGUGGCGGCGGUUUCUGGUCUUAUUACGCUGUGAUUUCGCCUUCUGGCGUAGCCAUCGCCGUCACAGACAUGGCCGGUAUCGCCCUCGCCGCCACCAUCGUUUAUUCUCGAAGGGGUAGCCUAAAAUCGCCCUGCUCCCGUAGAAGAAGAAAACACGCGCUUCAACCUAAACAAUGGAAAAGUUUAUUCACAGAGGGUGGUAAACUUAAUUAUGGGGGUGUCAAGUUUCUGAAGAAAGUUCGAAGUGGAGGUGUUGAUCCAAGUAUUAGAGCAGAGGUAUGGCCAUUCCUCCUUGGAAUAUAUGACAUCAACAGUUCGAAGGAAGAAAGAGAAUCCGUUCGAAGACGGAAAAAGAAAGAGUUUGAAAGCUUGCGGAAACGGUGUCACCAAAUUCGUAAAUGUAUUGAGUUUGAGAAUAGCUGUAAGGCGAAGGAAACUGCUGGAAACGACCACAAUCAAGACAGUGAGGAUUUGGGUCAAGUUGUUGAUUCUCCAGGCUUAGAGGAUGUGGUUAGUGGUAGAAGGUCUGAUUCCACCGAGGAAGAAAGCCCUGAGGUUGAUGAUUCUGGUCGCCGUCUGCGUGAUCAAAAUACUGAUAAGAGUGCAAUUACUUGUGAAAAUGGUUCUACUGGUGAGAGGGAGUCUUCUAAUUCUGACUCCUCUGAAGAACUUGAAAACACACCCCUCUUUGCCUCAGAGAUAACCGAGGAAAAUAGUAUCAGUGAACAUGAGAAUGAUAGUUCCGCUGCUUCCCUGAUAAAUGGCAGGUCCAAACCCCACGUAGAUGAAGAUUUUUCCACGUGGCAGAGAAUCAUCCGUGUUGAUGCAGUGAGGGCAAAUGAUGAAUGGAUUGCUUAUGCUUCAUCUCAGGCUUCAGUAUCAGAAAUCAAAGUACAACAGUUGGCUGAGAGUGUUGGCUUGAAGGAAUAUGACCACCUAGAGCCAUGCAGGAUUUAUCAUGCGGCUCGGCUGGUUGCUAUACUUGAGGCCUAUACCCUUUACGAUCCUGAGAUAGGUUACUGCCAAGGAAUGAGCGAUCUGCUCUCUCCAAUUAUCUCAGUGGUAGGGGAUGACUUCUUAGCUUUCUGGUGCUUUGCAGGUUUCAUGAAAAAAGCUCGUCACAAUUUCCGACUUGACGAAGUGGGCAUUAGAAGACAGUUGAACAUUGUGUCCAAGAUUAUCAGGUGUAAGGAUAUUCAUUUAUAUAAGAAUCUGGAGGAGCUUCAAGCAGAGGGCUGCUUCUUUGUGUAUAGAAUGGUUGUGGUAUUUUUCAGGAGGGAGUUAAACUUUGAGCAGACUCUUUGCCUCUGGGAAGUGGUUUGGGCAGACCAGGCAGUGAUUCGUGCCGGUAUUACAAAAACUGGUUGGGGGAAAAUGAGACUUAGACCUCCCCCUAUCGAUGAUCUUUUGCUUUAUGCAAUCGCAGCAUGCAUUUUGCAAAGGAGGAAGCAGAUCAUAGAGAUGUACAGCUGCAUGCAUGAGAUGAUGAUAGAAUGCAAUAGUAUGGCCGGACAACUGGAUGUCUGGAAGCUUCUGGAUGAUGCCCAUGACUUGGUGGUCAACCUGCACAACAAGAUUUAGUACAACUCUCUGCCUUCUUUCUUUCGUUUUCCUUAACCGAUUUUCUUUAAAAUUUUCCUCAACUCUUGCAAUAUUUAGGGAUGUGAGGUACUUUAUAUUUCUGCUUCAAACAAGCUGCUGAUUUCCAAACUCCCUGUACCAAGUAAUUGAUGAGAUCAUAUUAGUAUGAUGUAUUGCCUGCAGUUACGCUUCAUUUGAGAGUGACGGUGGCAACGCUGAAAAAAUCAGCAAUUUAGAAUGUUUAAUCUUGAUUUGUAAUUAUCGAAUUACAGAAUUUUGCACCUUAGUUUUCUCCUAUUGCUUC